CGUAGCCAUGAUGUGUGAAGGGUUUAUUGGCCUAUAACUCCUCAUUGGAAAUAAAGCAACAGAUAAUUAUCUCUCACCAUAGUCUUCUAGGAUUGGUUGACUCUACUGUCAAUCAUACGCCCCAAGUCUAAACGGGAUGAAUGGGAUGUAGGCUGCUCAUCUGUUCGCCGUAGUGCGCUCCCUCUCGCUCACACGCCUGUUGGCCAAGUGAUGGGAAACAACCGCCGAGAGUGUAUUUUUACGCACAGGGCGCGGACACACCUGCCCCGAGUAUCUUUUCGUUUCGUUUGGAAUUCCGUAUGAAUGGAGCUGGAAAGGAGAUGCGCUCAUCACUAAAUAAUAAGAAGUCCGUUAUAAACAGCGUGUAGGCAAGUUGUGGAAAUAUGUCAAUUUCACCAGGAUUUUUGCAGUGGAAGAGGAGCAAAUAACUUUUGCCAAUAUGCGUUUUUGGAUUAUGACUCGUCUCGCCCGACUGUCCUAUGGAAUAUAGCCCAAUAUAUCAGAACCUGCAUGUUGUCUCAUCAUCCCCCGUGAAGAAUAAACUCUUUGUUUUCUGCAUCAUGUUGUCCCUGUGGGUGUAUAUGAUAUAUUGCUGCGUCGGAUACUGUUCAACCAUGCCAAGUCUGAUGGUCAGUACAGCCAACAGUAAACAUUCACAACAUCUCAAAAAAGUUGACCCUAACAGAACUCAACCCCGACUCCACAACGAAGGGGACUUGGAAUCCGAACACCAAGAAGACCCGUUAGAUUCUUUAGAUCCGUUAUUCGGCGCUUCACCCAGGGACUUGUUAAAUAAUGAGAAUGAUUUGGACAGCAGAGGAGGGGAGGACUGGGAUGAGAUUCGAAGCGAGCAGAGGACGUUGGAUAAUAAUGUCGUGUCAAGUCUCUUCAACGAGUCAGGGCCGGUGGAGAGUAAGAAGUUGCCCCAGGCGAUUAUCAUCGGGGUGAAGAAGGGAGGCACACGGGCGCUGCUGGAGUUCCUCCGGGUGCAUCCAGACAUCAGAGCUGUUGGGGCCGAGCCGCACUUCUUUGAUCGGAACUAUGACAAGGGACUGGAGUGGUACAGAGACCGUAUGCCUGAGACCCAGGAGGGUCAGAUCACCAUGGAGAAGACCCCCAGCUACUACGUCACUAAAGACGUCCCUGCCCGUAUCCACACCAUGUCCCCAGACACCAAGCUGAUUGUGGUGGUCCGAGACCCCGUUACCAGGGCCAUCUCAGACUACACUCAGACCCGCUCCAAGAAACCUGACAUCCCAUCCUUUGAGAGCCUCGCCUUCAAGAACAGGACUACGGGUCUCAUCGAUACGUCCUGGAGCGCUGUCCAGAUCGGGAUGUAUGCCAAGCACCUACAACGCUGGCUGCAGUACUUCCCCAAGGACCAGCUCCUCUUCAUCAGCGGGGAGAGGUUGAUCUCCGACCCAGCCGGGGAGAUGACACGCGUACAGGACUUCCUGGGGCUCAGGAGGGUGGUCGGUCACAAACACUUUCACUUCAACCCAGCCAAGGGCUUCCCCUGUCUGAAGAGGCCGGAGGGGAAUAGUAAACCUCACUGUCUGGGGAAGACCAAAGGAAGGACUCAUCCUAAUAUUGACCCUGAGGUGGUACAGAGGCUGAGGGAGUUUUAUCAACCUUUCAACAGGAGGUUUUAUCAGAUGACGGGACAUGACUUUGGAUGGGGUUCAUGGAGCUGAGCGACUGAGACAUUGAGUGAAUCCGAAAUGGAACCCUAUUCCCUAUGUAGUGCACUGCCCUGGUCAAUAGUAGUGCACUAUAAUAUUGGACAAAAUGGCACCCUCUUCCCUAUGUAGCGCACUACCCUGGUCAAUAGUAGUGCACUAUAUUAUAGGACAAAAUGGCACCCUCUUCCCUAUGUAGUGCACUACCCCGGUCAAUAGUAGUGCAUUAUUGAGGUUGUUGUACACUAAUCUGCACAAAUGUAGUGCACUAUUGAGGUAUUAUGGUGCCCUUUCAGACAGAGAUGUUGUGUUUUUCUUUGAGGGGUUUUAGGUUGUUGUAACAUUUAGGAGAUAUUGUUAUACUGUGUAUAUAAGGCAGCGUAUGUAAAAAGUACAGAAGUCUAUUUAUUUUUAGGAUAUUAGGAACUCACUGAUCUGCCUAUCCAUGUUUGUUGACGAUCAUCACACAUCUUUACAUUCCUGUUUUUAAAAUCUUCAUUUGAAGGGCAUUUUGUAAUCUUGAAAUUACCUCAGAAAAAUACAUGUGCAGGAAUUGUGGAAAUGAAAAUAUAACAGCACAAUCGUGUUACGGGUAGCAGCAAUUGACCAGCAGGGUUAGGCUAGAGCUAUUGUUUCCCUUUAUAUACAUGCAAUGACUUUAUAAUGUUGCUUUAGCUCAAUCUCCCUAUCUUUACCACGUUGGUUUUUAACAUGGCUGUGCGAAUACCACACCAUUUCAGCAAAAAUGGUUCAAUCACAAAGGUUGGUAGAAUGAGGAUGUAGAAAUAUUGUACCAACCAGAGAAUUAGUGUUGGGUCAUUGAACACGAAGACAUCUCUCUAGCCUCUUCUUUAAAAGAUGUUCAAAACCACUCAAGGAGUCCAAAACAACCCAUCAUUUACCUCCUUAAGAUCAGCCUGACCUCCAGAGGCCUGUGGGCCCACUUCAUCCAUCAGAUCAAUAUAUACAACCCCAGCUGAUCCAGUCAGGCUGCGUCCCAUAUGACUUCCUGCUCCCUUAAUCGUUCACUACUUAUGACCACGACCCAUGGGGCAUUUAGGGAACAGGGAACCAUUUGGGAUGCCCUCCCAGUGUCACUAUGACAGCUAUAUCAAUACAGUAAUAACUCAUCAUCACAUCAAUUACAUGUGAGUGAUGUCAUAUUACAUCUGAGUGAUGUCACAGUGCUGUCUGGACUCUCCUGCUAUAAAACAAGGAUCCGUCAAAAGGUUCAUUGGAGUCAACGUAUGUUGGGACCUUGUGACCACUACACAUUAACGUAAUGAUCUGGAUUUUAUGUUCCAGAUUCAAGGCUCUUCUGAAGGGGCAAGCUAUUUAGGAAGCUUUACAUUACUGUCAUAGUCAUUAGCACCCCUCCUAGUUCCUCUGCUUGCUGAAGCCAGUUGACCGACCUAAACAAUCUUUAAAUGUGCAGUCUUUUUGAUGAGAUGCCGUCACCUUUUCAUGUUUGUAAUCCAUACUUUGCUAGCAGUGAGGUUUGCUUGUGUAAUGAUAUGAUGACUCUAUUCUGGGAUGAUGAGCUGACCAUGAUACAGUAUAAUGUUAUCAUCACAGUCCUCUGUAGUCCUGCUAGGUAAAGUUAACAGGACUGCUGUUGGAUCAGAUGUUAUCAUCACAGUCCUCUGUAGUCCUGCUAGGUAAAGUUAACAGGACUGCUGUUGGAUCAGAUGUUAUCAUCACAGUCCUCUGUAGUCCUGCUAGGUAAAGUUAACAGGACUGCUGUUGGAUCAGAUGUUAUCAUCACAGCCCUCUGUGGUCCUGUUAGGUAAAGUUAACAGGACU